AUGUGGUUGUUUAAUGAUGUGCACAAGGGCUUUGAAGACCAUGCCUACAUGAAUGACCUGGAUGGCAUGAUCAAUGACUUCUACUGCUGGCUCUUUGCACACCAGAUUGACUUUGCCUUUGACCUGGACAAGGAGCAUAAGCAGAUGAAGGAGGAGAUGCAAAGGAAGAUUGCUUGUGACAAGUAUGAGGCAAGCUCUAUGUUGAUGAUGCUUGCCUUGAGUGCACAAGACCAGUACAGCAGUGAAUAUGAGAUGCAUGUGGAAGAAGAGAAAGAAGAGAAAGAAGAAGGUGAGGUGGUUGCUGAGGCUGCCAGCCUCCUCAUGGAGGUGCAUGGACUUGAUGCUGAGAUGAUUCUUGCAUGUGCAAUGCAUGUGCUUGGUGGCUACAAGGGGCUCAUUCUGUUUGGUGACAGUCCAAACACCAAGGCGCUUGCCUUCACCAUCAACAACAGCCCCAAGGAGCUCAUUCAUUGGCACUUCAACAAGCACAUCAAUCACCUCAUCACAUUCAAGCCAAGCAGCCAAAUCCUCUACAUGAGUCAUGUUGCAGGGACAGGAGAUAUGGAGCUCUUUUGUCCCACAUGCUACUUCAAGAUGACCAAUGCACUCUUCUUCAGUGGCCAUGAUCCACUUGGCCUGCUCUUUGGUUUGCUCCCCUCACACAAUCUCCAAUAA